UCAUUAAUCGAUUACUCGAUUUUGAAUCGCCUGGAUUUGUCAUAUUAUUCGGUUCAAAACAAAAUGGCGGCCUCCGGUGGGAGAGCACAGCGGGCGUUUGCCCAAAAAUUGAAUAAGAGUCAGCCGGCAGCUGAUAUUCGUCGUCAAGUUUCCUCUCACUACUCAGGCCGGGAUUUGCCAAGGCUCGGGAUAGGAACGGCAGCUACAGGCGCGGUUCCGUUAUCAGAGGUCGUUGACCCUUUGGACUUUGAAGAAUUCUUGGAUGCCAAUCGAUCCCUUUACAACAGAGACCCUUUACGUCAUCUGCUGGAGUUUCCUGAAGAUGACUUGGUGGUUGCGUCAAUGCCUAAAGAAUGUCGGACCGUCAACCCACCCCUACCAGAACCAGACUCUGACAGCAACAUCCAGGUGCGUGACUGUCUUCAAGCCUACACCUGUGACUGGGCUGUCGUCCAACGCAAAUAUCAGGACUGCGUGUCUCUUGAGCCCAGCAAAAAACUGGAUCUGAGAAAAGCUGUGCUGGGCACCAGUCAACAGACGUUUGAAGUUGAUGAACAGGAACUGGAGGAGGAUGUGCCUCAGCCAGGGAAGCGCUCUUCCAUCCACCUUGACAGCACACCCAGGGGCAGCUGGGCCUCCAGCAUCUUUGAUCUCAAGAACAGUGAGGGCGACGCCCUACUGCCACGCCUUUUAGAGCACACGCCUGUUGACACUCAGGAUAGCAUCAAUGAGGAUGUCAGAUCUCAGUAUCGACAGCCAGAUCUGUUUUGUCUUUAUCCUAGCGUGGAAGAGUCUGAGGCCAUUGAACGACGCAUGCCAGCUGAAGUACCCAGAGAACAUUUUGGCUACCGCAUCUUUGUCAAGUGUCUUACUCUCAAAUUGGACCUUGAAGUGGAGCCCAUCUUCGCAUCCAUGGCACUCUACGAUGUCAGGGAAAAGAAAAAGAUUUCAGAGAAUUUUUACUUUGAUCUGAACACCGAGUCCUUGAAGGGAAUGAUCAAGACUCACCUAGGCUAUCCGGACCCAUCCACCUUGGCUCGUAAUGCCAUCUUCUCUAUCACCUAUCCCUCCGAUUAUGUUUACCUUGUGAUCAAGCUAGAGAAAGUCUUACAGCAAGGGGAUAUCUCGGAGAGCGCUGAGCCAUACAUGAAAGAGCUGGAUAAUCCUAAGCACAUAGAGAAAGCCAAGGUCAACGCUCGCUACUACUGCGAUAAACUCGGAGCCUAUCGUAUGCCCUUUGCCUGGACCGCAGUCCACCUCCUAAACAUCAUCAACGGAGCUAACAGCAUCGAACCUAACCCAGACAGUGCAGACAUGGACAGGGCUAAGUCCAGCAGUCUAGAGUUUGGCCGGAGUUAUGGAUCCUUGCCAAGGAAAGUGGGUGAAGCGGGAGCCGUUGGGGGGUCAUCCGGCGGGGGUGAGAAAAGCGGUCUGAAGAGGAACGGGUCUGAGAGGCGGAGCUUCUACAAGGUGGAGGAUGACACAGGGAAUCUUGACACGUUCCAUCCAGUCACAAUUACUGUCUCUAGCUUUUUCAAACAGGAAGGGGACAAGUUAUCCGAUGAUGACCUCUACAAGUUCUUAGCUGACCUGAAACGACCGACGUCUGUUCUCAAGAGACUCAAGUGUAUCCCUGGUUCUCUGAAGCUGGACAUCUCCCCCAUGCCCGAUAAUCCACCAUACUGCUUGACCCCUGACCUCCAGCAGGUCAAACCUUACCCUGACAUGAGGACCAGACCAACGCGAGAGAUUCAGGAAUUCCCGUCCAGAGACGUGUACCACCCUCACAGCAUCUAUCGCAACCUCCUGUACGUCUACCCCAACUCUCUCAACUACUCCAACCGAUCAGGCUCUGCCAGGAAUAUUGCCGUCAAAGUCCAGUUUAUGGCCGGUGAGGAUCCGUCCACCGCCCUCAAGUGCAUCAUGGGUAAAUCCAGUUGUCCUGAGUUUUCGGACCACUCCUACUCAUCAGUCACAUAUCACAGCAAGUCACCUGAUUUCUACGAGGAGAUUAAGAUCAAGUUACCUGCCGACUUGGCAGACUAUCAUCAUCUACUCUUCACAUUCUAUCACAUCAGCUGCCAACGCAAACAAGAUGUCAUACCUGUGGAAACUCCUAUAGGCUUCACUUGGUUGCCAAUGAUGCGUGAUGGCCGUCUUCAAGUAGGUGACUUUGGUCUGCCAGUCUCUAUGGAUGUUCCUCCUAUGGGUUACUCCAUGCUCAGCCCGGAGUUGCUCAAGUCGCGUUCGUUGUCCAAGCCUGACGCCUCACGUUCUCCUCAGGUGCAGCUGCCUACAAUGCGAUGGGUGGACAGCCACAAACCGCUGUUUAAUGUUGAAAUCAAAGCAGUAUCGUCAAUCCAUGCUCAGGAUGAGUUUGUAGACAAGUUCCUCAGUCGAUGUCACAACGUCGAGGAAGGCAAGAUUCCACGAAGCAUCGGUGAGCAAGACAUGAAGGCUAAACUUGUCAAGAGUAUCAUGGAGCUCAACAACGCAGUGGCUGAACCGUUGGUCAAAUUCCUACCCAUCAUUCUAGACAAGCUUAUCUUGAUGAUUGUCCGACCGCCAAUCAUCGGUGGGCAGAUCGUUGACCAUGUUGGACAGCUCUGCUUUGACACCAUCGCCGAGAUCGUUGAUCGUAUUCACAUCCUUCUAGAUAAGGGUCAAGACAGUCAUGGGAGGAAUUCCUUGCUGCGUUCCUUCAUCCAGUAUUACUUCAGACCACCGGAUACUGAUGAUGAAACCAUCGUACAAGAAUACUCUCCCCGAACCCCGCCACACAUAUUCCGUCAUAUAGGCAACUACGGUACCGUUGCUCGCUCUAACAGCUUCACGGCCAAUCAGCGAUCGUCAUUAUUCUCCAGUACCAGUAGCACCAGUCUGUCCGGUCCUGGUUCCCCUGAUGAUGACAUGGAAGGGAUCAUACAUGGGCGGUUUGGUAGCGAGAGAUACAACGCUCAUUCCUUCAGCCGGUCCAGUCUCCUGGGGAAUACUGGCAUGGGGAAUGUGCCAGUCAUGGGGCUGGGGAACCGUGUGCCUCCUAAGAAGUUGGUGCAUGAAGAGGUUGCUCUGCUGUUGGUCGUCUCCAAUGGCUCAGCUAAGGAGAAGGUUCUUAAUCAUGCGUGGUUCUUCUUUGAACUCAUGGUAAAGAGCAUGGCCCAGUAUCUUGCCGAGAAUGACCGCUUGGAUUCACCUCGUAAGAAUCAGUUCCCUGAAGCCUACUGUCAGGAUAUCAAUAACAUCGUUGGCAUUGUGACCACGGAUAUCGUCGCCAGAUACAAUAAGGAUGUACGAGCCAUGCAGCUCCUCAACGCAAGCCUAGCGUUCUUCCUUCAAGAUCUCCUGUCUCUGAUGGAUAGAGGAUAUGUCUUUGCUCUCAUCAGAAACUACUGCAAGCAGGUUGCUGGCAAGAUUACAGUCAUGGCAGACCCUACCAGCCUAGCUCAACUCAAGCUAGACUUCCUUCGUAUCAUUGUCAGUCAUGAACACUACGUCACCCUCAAUCUUCCCUUCUUACACUCCGGCGUGACGUCCCGACCACCCUCCCCUACCCCAUCCAUCAGUAGUAUGUCAUCCAUGAUGUCCCUGGCUUCUAGUUUGCCGUCUACCAUCAAUAAAGCCAAGAUGAUGCAACUGACGCCAGAGUUCCGUCAGCAGCAUUUCUUGACGGGGUUGUUACUGUCAGAUUUAGCCUGCGUCUUGCAAACACUGAAUAGCAGUCUUCAUCGUCAAGCCAUCGACACCGUCUGCAACCUCCUGAACUCCCACGAUGCUGACACACGCUACACCGACCCUGACUGUCGUAUGCGUGUUGCCGCUCUCUAUCUACCACUCCUAGGUAUCAUCAUGGAUGCGAUACCUCAACUGAACUGCCACAGUGCUAGCACCGUCAAUCGACCAUCAGCCGCUAUGGGUUAUGAUGACGCUGAGAUAGAUGGUAGCCCUGUCAAUCAGAGUGUGGCUAUGGCUAUAGCGGGUACCAGUGUCUAUGCCAGGUCUGAUGCUAAGGUAGAGUCGACGCCGUUACAGCGACCCCCAAGCCACACCAGACUUUCCGAGGAAUCCACCAGGGACCUCCUUCUCUGCUUCCUCUGGGUUCUCAAGAAUCUGGAGCCGACAACUCUCCAGGAUUCCUGGGUGGCGCUGUCAGUCAGUCGCAUCAAUCAGCUCAUGGAUGUGCUGUAUUAUAGCAUCUGUUGCUUUGAGUACAAGGGACGGGCGAUGAUCUACAGGCAUCAGUCUCGAUCGUCACUGAAGAAACAAGACGUGAAGCAACGUCUUGAGGAUGCCAUACUGGGGACGUCUAACGCUCGCAGUGAAAUGAUGCAGAGACACAGCAGGCAGGGAUCUGGCUCACUGGACAGGCACUUUAAUCCAGCCUUGGGACAGUCGGAGAAGCUGAGAUGGCGUAAGGACAAGACUCACUGGAAACAAGCGGUUGAGACGCAGGCUGAGAGGCCUAAAUCUGAGAUGGAAUAUGACGUCAAUCUUGAGGGUCAUCUCGCUACUGAGGUAUCUCUGGUGGUUCUGGAUACCAUUGAACUUUUAGUUCAGACCAUACAGAGCACUGACCAUCUGCAAGGCUGUCUGACCGGUGUCAUGGAGGUAUUGCUGCAUUCCCUUGCCUGUAAUCAGAGCGUUGUCGUACUACAGAACAUCCUAGCUACUCAGAGAUCUUUGGUCUUCAAGUAUCCAGAGUUACUGUUUGAGGAGGAGACGGAGCAAUGUGCAGAUCUGUGCCUGAGAUUAUUGAGUCAUUGUAGUUCCUGUAUCAGCACCGUCAGGUCCCACGCCAGCGCCUCGCUCUACCUGCUCAUGAGGCAGAACUUUGAGAUUGGAAAUAACUUUGCUCGGGUCAAGAUGCAAGUGACCAUGUCUCUGUCCAGCCUGGUAGGCACUCAGACCAACUUCAAUGAGGAUUAUCUCCGUCGAUCACUCAAGACGAUCCUGAUCUAUGGAGAGGAAGACGUGGAGUUGCAAGAGACUGACUUCCCUAAGCAGGUGCAUGAUCUGGUUUUCAAUCUUCACAUGAUCUUAUCGGACACGGUCAAGAUGAAAGAAUUCAGUGAAGAUCCUGAGAUGUUGAUAGAUCUCAUGUAUCGUAUCGCUAAGGGCUACCAAACCUCACCGGAUCUGCGCCUGACAUGGCUACAGAACAUGGCCGGCAAGCACACAGAGCAUAAGAAUCACACAGAGGCUGCUCAUUGCUUGGUGCACUCAGCCGCACUGGUGGCUGAGUAUCUACACAUGCUGGAGGAUAGACCAUACCUUCCUAUUGGAUGUGUCUUAUUUGAGAAAAUCUCUUGCAAUGUUCUUGAGGAGAGCGCAGUAUCUGACGAUGUGGUCUCACCGGAUGAGGAAGGCAUCUGUACUGGGAAGUACUUCACGGAGAGUGGAUUGGUGGGAUUAUUGGAGCAUGCUGCUACUUCCUUCAAUCAGGCUGGUAUGUUUGAGGCAGUCAAUGAGGUGUAUAAGAUCUUGAUCCCAAUCCACGAGGCCAACAGAGAUUACAAGAAACUUGCCAUCAUCCAUGGCAAACUACAAGAAGCAUUCAAUAAGAUCGUCCGUCUGAGAGGUAAGCGUCUAUGGGGAACCUUCUUCCGUGUUGGUUUCUACGGUUCCAAGUUUGGUGAUAUGGACGCUGAGGAGUUUAUAUACAAGGAGCCAGCCAUCACUAAACUGCCUGAGAUUGCUCACAGACUGGAGAGUUUCUAUGGCGACCGGUUUGGCCCGGAGAACGUUGAAGUGAUCAAGGAUUCCAAUCCUGUCGAUCAAUCUAAGCAAGACCAAGAGAAGGCUUACAUUCAAGUCACCUACGUCGAGCCUUACUUUGACUUCUAUGAAACGUUGCAAAGACCGACGUACUUUGACAGAAACUACAACAUCAGGAGGUUCAUGUUUGCCACGCCCUUCACCAAGUCUGGCAAGGCCCAUGGUGACAUCCGUGAGCAGUACAAGAGAAAGACAAUUGUAACCACCUCCAAGGCAUUCCCUUACAUCAAGACCCGAGUAUCUGUCGUCCACAGACAGGAGAUUGUGUUGUCUCCUGUGGAAGUUGGCAUUGAAGACUUACAGAAGAAGACCAAGGAGCUGACGGUAGCUACUCUCCAAGAACCUCCUGAUGCCAAGAUGCUGCAGAUGGUGCUACAAGGAUGUAUCGGGACGACUGUUAACCAGGGUCCAAUGGAGGUAGCGCUGGCAUUCCUUAACGACAGUACAGAUGGACGACCGCUGGACAAGCAUACCAACAAACUCCGAUUAUGCUUCAAGGAAUUCUCCAAGAAGUGUGGUGAUGCUCUCCGUAAGAACAAGAACUUGAUCUGCCACGAUCAGCGAGAAUAUCAGAAGGAACUGGAGAGGAACUAUCAUCGCUUUACCGAUCGCUUGAUGCCUCUGAUCACCAACCCUGGCCGGGUGGGUGGAGGAACUCUGCGUAAGAGUGGUAGGAAAGAUAGACGCAGUAAAGGAUCCAUGACCAAGAUUAUUAAAACCAGCGAGACACUGUAAUAGACUGAGCCACUAAGACAGCCCUAUGAUGUUGUGACCAGUCACAGCUGUGCUUGAUGUUUAAGGCUUUGAAGGCUAAAUCAGUCGUAGGUAAUGUCUUGCUGUCUAUAUAACCAGGAUGGCUCUAGAUGAAUUUCAGAACAAAUAAAGCUCCGUAAUGAAUUAUAGGUCUUAAGAACCUGAAGACACUGAAUUUCUUGACCAAAUAUUAAUUCGCUUUGUAUCCACCGGUAAAGAAAGAUGGCUGAUAUUAUACCAACAGCAUUAUUUUAAUUUUUAUGAUUAAAUUCAUUUUGUUUUACCAGUCCCUACACUUUUUCUGCAAUUUCAGUUUUUGUUUUGCAUAUACAUGAAAUUUUGUAAGUGUCUUUUGCUAUUGAAAGUUGUAUUUGUGUACAAUACUUAUUUAUAUUACAAAACAAUCCCAGCUUUGGUCUGUUCUGCAGAUAAUCACUCAAAAGAAAAACAUUUGCAAUUUGAUUUUUUUAACCUCUUGUCGCCAUGGGCGUUGCCAGGAUUUUUUCUAGAGGGGGGCAAAGCACGUUUUCCCCCCAAAAUUUCUGUACUUUUCCAGAAUAUUGAUCAUUUUUCGAGGGUGGGCAGGACAUUUGCCUCCCCUCCCCCCACCCAUAAAAUUAAACAGCAAUAGGACUUCACGCCUCUUUUUCUUUAUUUUUUUCCUCUUUUUUUUUGGGGGGGGAGGGAGCCUCCCUCCCAUGCUUGUUCCAACUAAUUUACCUCAUAUUUUGUGGAAUUUUCGUGAUGGUAUGCUUUUCCUCAAGCUAUCUGGCUUGACAAGGUCACAACAGUACAUAUCUGAGUGCAUUUCACUCUCAGUAUCCUUUUCGUUUCGUGUACAGAAAUACUUUUAUUUUUUUCCACAAAACGUGUGAGUAACUUUUGAAAGGAAGCGACAUCAUUUCUACUUGUUUUGUUGCUGGAUUACAUUUAUUUUCACUGUCAGUAAAAUUUUCUUAUAUGUUCUUUUUUGACUGGCAGUGUUCUAAGUUUGAAAUUAUUUCUGCCUGUAAACUGGUUCUCAAUAAAAAAAAAAAUCAUGUAGAAAUACUUAUACGAAUAAUUUACACAAAUAAUAACUUUUCAAUUUGACCAAACCAAGCUCUGAAAGCAGAUUUUUCUAUAAAAAAGAUAGAAUUCCAACAACUGUUUUUUUUUUACCACCAACCCUGGCUUGCUUCUCCAUUCUGACUCGUCUUGUUGUUUUAAGAAGGUAUUUAGUGCAAUAGUGUUUAUAGAAUGUAUAUUGUGUUUUUUUAGUGGACAUUGCCGAUAAUACCCACAAAUAGAGUAAUUUCAUCCAACCCCCCCCCUUCAAAAUAAAGUUACAUGAGAAAAAAGGAAGUUUUCUCUAGCAGUAGCUCAGUUGAAAGUGAAAGAAACGUGAAAUAAUAUUCCUUAAUUCUUAAUAAUGAUUUGUAGGAUUUCCCAAAGCUUCCCGCAUUACUAUGCUUUUGUUUUUGUAUUUUUGUGAUAUUUAUUUAAAUUGUAAUAUGUAACAGGUUUUGAGGUAAUCAUUGCCUGUCAAAAAUAAAACAAGGCACAUCAUUUUGGGGAUAUUAUCUUGUUUUUUUCGAAACGUUUAUCAGUGUUCUCAAUUAACUAGAACGAAACAAUAUUUUUGGGGGUUUUGUAUUUGACAAAAGUAUGUAAGCAUUUAUUUUCAUUGUUUAAAUAGGGUUUUGCUUCUAAGAAACGACGUCAUUGUAACCAUUAGCAAGCUUCAGACAUUGCUUGGAAAUUGCUUUGAAAUAUCUAAUUGUAAAAUAAAAUUACUGGCACUGAAAACAAAAACG